AUGGUAUUUUCAAAGCUGUAUAUUGUACUGUGGAUAGCUUUGUUCUGCGUAUUCGUUGACGUGUCCGUAGGAGUACCGAUAAAAGCGAGCAUGAAUUCUACACCGACAACAAGUGUCCAAUCUACCACGUCGCCUUCAUCUUCAGGUGCCCACGACACGGCGGCGGCAGGUGCCAAGACCUCGCAACUUAACGCCACUCAACCAUCAACCAUGAGAACGGACGUCACUGUAAUGACUGACGCAGCAGAUCCAAAACUGUCGGAAACGUUACUGGUUCAUCACACGACGGAAUCUUUGAGUCCUGACGUAAGUACUACAAUAUCCAGUAACCAUUCCAGUGUGACAACCAAAAACGAUUUUCAGGUUAACACAAUUACUACGACGGAGUCGACUGUGUUUGGCGAAACCACGAUGACUUCUAAUGACGCCAACAACCCAGGCGAAGCAGUAACAACGCCGGAAAGUAUCGUAAUCGGGAUGCCUGUAACGUUACCGUCAGUGGACGAGUCUGGGGAAUAUAUAAACGUCUCAACUGUUGAACCAAAUCAUGUGUCCACGUCCAACAUGACAUCGCAUGGGUUAACCAAUACUGUAACUGCAAAUGAUGGAAGAGAAGAACAUACCACUCAUCUUACGAACCCUGAUUCCACUGGCGGAGCCGAACUUUUACCGUCCUACGCUCCGACCACAGCGCCAUCAUCACCAAUGUUAACAAGACCAGUAAACCCCACAACAUCUACAAACGACACCGUGAUCUCCACUACAGUCCCAACAACGAACACACAGGCAACUUUAACUUCAAAUACCACAGUGGAAAAUCGAAGCGCUUCGCUCACUUCAUCCUCUUUUGCCACUAGUCCUGAAUACCCGCAAAUGAAUAUUACGGAUUUGUCACUGAAUUCCGUUACAACAGACGAAGCCAAUACUUUAAACAACUAUAUAGAAGAAAAUGUCACUCUCCCCACGGACCCGGCUACUACUGCAGUCGAAGUUUUGCUCUCUAACGCUCAGACCAAAACCCCACAUUCGCUAUACUCAACAAAGUCGGAAUACGCCAUUACAGCUACAAGUGAAACCAUGAUUUCAACCACUGUCCCGAAAACAACAUUACAAUCAUCAACGUUUAACAAAACUACAAGACGCCACAACACCCCAAAACGACACUAUUAA